AUGUCUUCUUCUGAUCACAUUGCCCACAACAGUACUGCCGUUGGCGUGGGCAAUGAUCACAUGUCUGUUGACUCCUUCUACCAUUGUCGGGACAUUUGGGUUGGCAAGAUUUUCCCAUUUUUGGGAAUGGGACACUAUGCCUUCAUUGGAGCCACCAACAAGCAAAUCAACCAACUCUACAAGGAAUAUUGUGGCAAUGUACAGAAACCUCCCCUUGUCCUGGAUGUAUGGGACAAAAGAGCUGCAACUGGAACUGACACAUUCCAUAGUGUCGCCUUCUGCAAUGUGCCAUGUGCUGAAUUCUGGUGCAGUGACAGUUCUAAGGGGAAAAUGCCAAUGAAGGGUGAUGUUUGCACAGUAUUUGCCGCAGUUGGAACUCUUCCAGUUCUUAAAUGGGCCGUUGCCAAUGGCUUUCAAUGGAACAUAUUGACAUGCCAAAAUGCAGCUGAAAAUGGCCAAUUGCACAUUGUCAAAUGGCUUCAUGAGAAUGGUUGUCCAUGGAAUGCAAGAGUGUGCAGCAGUGCAGCAGAAAAUGGACACGUGAACAUUGUCAAGUGGCUUCAUGAAACUGGAUGCCCGUGGAAUGAAACAACAUGCCGCAUGGCUGCAGAAAGGGGACAUUUGGAUGUGCUUGAAUAUGCUCACAAAAAUGGUUGUCCAUGGGAUGCAUACACAUGCCGAGUUGCUGCUGAAUGGGGCCAUUUGGAGAUCCUGAAAUAUGCACAUGAAAAUGGCUGUCCAUGGGAUGCAUACACGUGCAACUUUGCUUCUCGAAAUGGACAUUUGGAAAUUCUGAAAUAUGCCCACGAAAAUGGAUGUUCAUGGGAUAAGUGGACAUGUCAGUCGGCUGCCAGGAAUGGACAUUUGGAGGUUCUGAAGUAUGCCCAUGAAAAUGGGGCCCCCUGGGAUGAAUGGACAAGCCAUGAUGCUGCGAAAAUUGGUCACUGGGAAAUGUUGAAGUACCUGCAUGAAAAUGGCUGUCGGUGGGAUGAAAAGACAUGCCAGCAAGCCACAAAGUAUGGGCAUUUAGAGACCCUGAAGUAUGCUCAAGAAAAUGGCUGUCCAUGGGAUUCUAAUACAUGCUGGGAGGCUGCAGCCAAUGGACAUUUGAAGAUUCUCAGCUGGGCUGCUCGAAGUGGUCGUCUGGACAUUUUAAAGUACCUACAUGAAAAUGACUGUCCAUGGGAUGCAAAGACAUGCAACUUUGCUGCUACUAGCUUUGGGCAUGCAAACUGUUUGAAGUACGCCCAUGAAAAGGGAUGUCCACAGGACUAUAUUGCACCUCACAAUGUUGAGUUGGAAGUGUGCUCAAUGAAGAGUGCUGCUGGUGUCAAUGGAUUAAAAAUUCGUUCCAUGUUGCCAUGA